GUUGUGAUUAUGUUUUUCGUGGCCUGUUGGCAGUACUUAAACAAUAACAAGAUAACACUUCAAUUCACAUUAAUAUUAAUAUGCGAUGAUUCGCGAUCCGAACAUAUCCGAAGAUGUUGCGUUCAUCGGAAAAUAUUCGCAAAUGCUGAAAGGCAGUUAAUUAAAGGAAUAAGAGUUGAGGUGUAAAUAUCUGACAUUUCACAAAAACAUAAAAAUAUUAUACAGUGUUUAAAUGACGCCAUAGUUACAAGAUAUGUUACGUUGAUUAAAACCAGUAGACACGCACACCUUAAUGCCGAAAGUUUGGAAAACUUGUUGAACUACUUGAAAGAAACUCUCCAGGUAGGAACAUGCGUUCUCUUAUCAAGUGCUACAAUACAAAACUUAUAUUUUAAUUUUACAGAAAUUUCAUUAACUCGAGGAUUCCUUUGACGUAUUACUUCUGGAUAUCCACUGACGAAGAGCUAAGACAGACAAAUAAAUUUGUAAACCAGUAAUUGAUGUUAAACAUUACUAGGUAUUCAUUUCGAGUUUUCUUUUAUUUCGAAAGUUUAUUUGAAGAGUGUGACGUGAACAAAACUAGAAGGAUUGGAUCAAAGUGUUCACGGAAAAGAGAUCAGACCUGUACAGACCUUCGAUAGUUUCAGAAGUCGCUCACAGAUUGUGACGGUAUGAUCGCAAUACUUGUUAUGUGAAUAGGAAUUAAAUGAUAGGAAAGAUUGACCUUAAUGGUUUUUGCAUUCCAUUAUUUUUUACAGCCACUGGACAUUUAUCGGAUAUUGUACAUGGCAUUAAUAUACAGUUAAGUUAAUGUGUUAGAGUGCCUGGAAAUACUAAUUAAUAUUCAGCUCGUGGUCAAAGUCUAGCCAACAGACAAUUUUAAUACGUCGACGGAUUGGUACGCAUUUUAAAGAUUGCUAAGGUAGAUGGACUAUAAGCCAUAAAAUAACGGAGUGACUUUGGAGAUUAUUUCAGUAAACGAAAUGUCUCAAAAACGAUUUACCGGCGCUCGAACUGUGUUACUAGGGGCCAGCGGUGUCGGAAAAACAGCUUUUGCAGUCCGAUACAUCACAAAGAGGUUUAUUGGAGAUUAUGACAGGGAUAAAGAGAUGGUGUACACACGUCAGCUUCCUACGCCAAGAGAUGAAAUUACCCUGGAUAUCCUUGACACCGGAGCAAGGCUGACCUCGGAAACAAUCGAAAAGCACACCAAAUGGGGUGACGGUUACAUUCUCAUCUACUCACUCACUGAUCGCGCAAGUUUGAUUUACUUAUCAGAGGUCAAGGACAUCAUUACAAAGGUCAAAGGUCGCGACUGUCCUUUGACUUUGGUGGGAAACAAAAGUGACCUGAUUUCUGCACGUGAAGUCAAUGAUGAGGAAUCGUGUGAUUUUGGACAGAAAUUUGAUUGUCCUAAAUUUGAAAUAUCCGUUGCAGAGACCAGUCAAGGGGUAUUGGAAGUUAUGGAUGAAAUAAUGUGUCAAAUCAAGCGUGACUUUGUGAACAAUUUGAAUACUUCUAAUCAACUGGCAAUAGCUGAUAAUAAACCCCGCUCAAAACUUUACAGCAUGAAGAAAGCAUUUAAGAAAAGAAUAAAUCGUAGCCAUAGCGAUACAUAUUAGUGAUACCUAGUAAACCUACAUCAAAUAAUGAAAAAACACUUGAAUUAGUAAUAUUACAGUUUAAAAUAAAUCAACACCCUUUGAACAGUGUUUGAAUUACUAUUCUUUUUUAUGCGAAUUUUGGGUUCGAUAUGGUAAUAGCAACUUAAAUCGAGUUUUUGACGAUAUAAAUUUUUGUAGCUGAUUCGAUCUACGUUAAAAAAAAUCUUGUCGAUAUAUUUUGAAGAAAUUUGAUAAAAACUGUUCCUUCGACAUUCGAAUUUCGAAAUUUAGAAUGUCGAUGAUUCCGAUGACGACGUCAAUGACGACAACGAUGGCGAUAACGAUGACGACAACGAUGAUGAUGAUGCCGCAUGUGAGUUUGAUUGGCGGACACCAAGUCGGACAAGUUGGUUUUCCUCGUGAUCUUCGAUUUCCCUAUCAACACAAGACCACACUCUCUCGCAACAACGUGCCAACUAGAGUGACUUAGUAUAAGCUAAUAUUUCUUUCUUCACAGUCGUUGUAAAAAAUAAAAUGUAAACUAGAACGAAAUGCAAGUUAAAUAUCGGUUGUUGACUGAAGUUUAAGACCAAAGUGAAACUUGAAUAGAAUUUUUGAAGUUGAUAGUUUCCUUAAAGAUAAGAAACUUACAAAUCCCAAGAAAACGUUACUGUAAAUGUUCACUAAAUGUCACGUUUUAAAAACUUUACAGUCUCAAACACGAAUCUGAAUAAAACAUAGCUGACGUUUUAAGACGCCAUCAUUAACUAUUUUUAUAAAGACGUUCCGAUGAAUUUCUAAAUUUAUUCAAAGCCAAAACUAUUUAACAUUGGUCCAAAAUUCUUCAAGAACUCUUAAGCGUAAAACGAGUAAAGGUCUUAUUUUAUUUAGUCAGACUACAUAGUAAUAAUUCAAUUGCAUUUUACGAAGUAAAAAUGUCAGAUACAGAACAGAUCUAUAAAGAUAUGCACGUAUGCCAAACAGUUCAAAUCUUGAAUCUUUCUAAUUCUACAAAUGGUAAAGCAUACAUAAAGAAUACGCUUAAUGCUAAAAAAUGUUCGUGAAUGAAGCAUCCAUUACUUGGUUUUACUUAAAAUAUUUUCAGUUUUGAAUUGAAUUAGAUUCUCAUUUAUGGAUGCAAUACAUGUCAACAUCUUCAAAACGAGUUUAUAUAAAAAUAGACGAGUAAAUCGCUACUUACGGCCGAUUUUU